CAGACCGCUCAGGUCCGCUCACUUAUCCGACGGAUUUGCUUAACCCGGCUUUUAGCCCGCUCAGUGUUGAUUAACCCGGAUCUGUUUAGUCCCGGCACAACCCCGCUGCGCCAGCAUGUCGUCCAGUCCGCAGGAUCAGAACCAGGAGCCGAACCAGGAGCAGAAAGAGGAGCCGAAAGAGGAGAGGAAGGAGGAGGCGAAGGCGGAGGAGAAGGAGGUUCAAAAUGAGGAGACGAAAGAGGAGCAAAAGGAGGAAAAGAAGGAAGAAAAGAAAGAGAAGAAGGAGGGCAGGAAGGAGGAGAAGAAGGAAUCCUGGAAGGAUUUUAUCUACAACCCGAGGACUGGAGAGUUCCUGGGCCGUACCGCCAGCAGCUGGGGUCUCAUCCUCCUCUUCUACCUCGUCUUUUACGGGUUUUUGGCGGGAAUGUUUACCCUCACGAUGUGGGUGAUGUUACAGACUCUGGACGAAAACGUCCCCAGAUAUCAGGACCGAGUGGCCAAUCCAGGUUUGGUGAUUCGUCCUCAUGCAGCUGAAAUCGAAUUCAACCGCAGCGACCCGACAAACUACAACCAGUACAUCCAACAACUGCACAACCUCCUGCAGCAUUAUAAUGACAGCGUUCAGGAGCGCAAUGACUUGUGUCUUGUGGGUGAAUACACUGAACAGGAUGACGAACCAAUAAAGAAAGUUUGUCAGUUUAAACGUAGUACGUUACGUCAGUGCUCUGGUCUGCCUGACUCCACCUUCGGAUACGCCGAUGGGAAACCCUGCAUCAUUAUCAAGAUGAACCGGGUGAUUGGACUGAAACCACGAGGAGAUCCCUACAUCAACUGCACUGCCAAGAGAGACAGUCUGUUACAGAUCCAGUAUUUCCCAUCUGAAGGUCGGCUGGAUAAAAUGUUUUUCCCGUACUAUGGCAAGAAAGUGCAUCCUGACUAUGUGCAGCCUUUGGUCGCAGUCAAGUUGUUGUUAACAAAAGACGACUAUAACGUCGAGCAGACAGUGGAGUGUAAAGUUGAGGGUACAGACCUGAGUAACAAUGACGAUCGGGACAAGUUUCAGGGUCGUGUCACUUUCCGGGUCAAAGUGUCAGAGUAACCGGGCCUGCCAGUUGCCAUGGAUACCAAAUACCGGGUUCACAUUGGAAAUUAAGCUGCGGUACAGGACACUUUUUUAAACCAGACCUGAUUUAUUCCUGGAUGUCUGAAUGUGGUUCAUCCUGUUCAGAGUCUACUGAGGAAACCAGAUUGGGACCACUGUGAGAUACUUAUGGUUACACUGCCAGAACCCUUCAUAUCUGAUCCUGGUUCAGACCUGAUCAUGGUUCAGUCCUGAUCCAAGUUAACCUUAACCCCAGAUCUUUUACUUGGUGGUCAAGAUCUGGUUUCCGUUUGAUCUCUGUAGACCAGACAGAAACCAGAGUGACUGUGGUUCAACCUGUUCAGACAGUUGGAGCAGAUCAGGUCUGCUGUGGAAGCAUGUGAGCCAUCUGUACAAUGAUGUGUUGUUUUAAAAUGUAUAAAUGUGAUGUAAUAAAACAGUGAUAUGAUCCCAGCACAAACAGUGAAAUCACACUAAUCACGGGGAGACUGAAAACUAAACACUGAGUUCAGUAGUGUUUCUCCGGGUUUUUUGGUGUAAGUAAUCAAAUGUAUAAUGAUAGUAAUCUGAUUACUGAUCGUCUGUAUGUAAACAUUGUAGAAUACACAGAGUACUGUGGUUUAUGCAAACGAUUGCCAAGAGAAAAUUCAUUGUAUCAGUACAAACUUUUCAUAGAUAAAUAAUAAUAUGAAAUGUAAUGAGUGCAGAAAGUCACAAGUGUUAAUGAUUCACCUGAACGGUAAUUCUAGUUUCCUGUCUGAGAGUGAAGCUUCAGGGUUAAAUCUCCCCCCUUCAGCUCCUCACUGGUUUGUCAUCCUUCAGCUUUGAGCAGAAAUACUGCAUUUGUUUGAGUUUGAGUUUUUUCACAGUUAAGAUUUUGAAAUAUAGUUCAUGAAUAUAAUCAGCUCCUCUCUCUGUGUUUCAGCCAAACGUUGUACAGUUUUUUUUAAUGUGAUUCCAUCAACUCGUGUUGUGUGAUUAAUGAAUACCAUGACAUCAUCAGCAGAGGUCUAGUCAGGCCUAAUUAAAAAGUCUGUUUCAUCAUCAUGUCUCACUGCUGUUUCAACCUACUCCGAAGUUUCCGUUUCUGUCGUGAAUGAAACAGACUGAAGGAUAUUUCUGUUUGCUAGAGGAAGAAAAACAAGAAACAUG